CUCUGAGUUUUCUCUCUCCUCUUUCUCUCUCCUCUUUCUCUCUCCAGAAAGGGCAAGCCCUAAAGAUCCAUCUACACGGACUACAUCCCAAACUUCAUGGAUGAUGAUGUGUUAAAUAUGCGUAAUUGGGGUUACUAUGAACCGUCCUUUAAAGGACAUCUCGGUCUGCAGCUAAUGUCGAGCAUGGUUGAACGGGACACGAAGCCCUUUAUUACCGGUCGUGACCCCAAUCUCAUGGUUACUACCAAUGCAGCCUUUCACCCUCGGGAUUGUGUUGUUUCUGAGGCACAUAUCCCCAUGAAUUAUGUUCGGAAUAGUUGGACUAAUGAUAGAGAGAAGCUUUUUAGCGUGUUUCCGGCCACUGGCCCCAGUUAUGGCAUUCUUCCUGAAACCUCGACAGCUCAUUCAUUGUCGAAUUUGCAGCCACCACCUGAUUCUUCAACAAGAGAUGAGAUGGUGGUGAGUAGAGUCGAAGAGCUGCCAGCUAGUAAGGAUGGUGUUCAGCCGAGGAAAAGGCAAGAUGGGGCUGUCCCUAAGAUGCCAAAGGCCAAAAAGCCUAGGAAGCCAAAUGAAAAUGCCAAUUCUACAGUUCAACGUUCGAAGCCAGCAAAGAAGAGUAUCGAUUUUCAAAUAAAUGGGUUCGACAUGGAUAUUUCAGGUAUUCCGAUUCCGGUUUGCUCCUGCACUGGAACCCCUCAGCAAUGUUAUCGAUGGGGCUGUGGUGGUUGGCAAUCUGCUUGUUGUACCACAAACGUUUCCAUGUAUCCGUUGCCAAUGAGCACCAAAAGGCGUGGUGCAAGGAUAGCUGGCCGGAAAAUGAGUCAGGGGGCAUUCAAGAAGCUCCUCGAGAAACUCGCAGCUGAAAAUUAUAACUUUAGUAAUCCAAUUGAUUUGAGGAGCCAUUGGGCAAGACACGGUACCAACAAGUUUGUCACUAUUAGGUAGCUUUAAACUCCGUGGUAAUGAUAGUUGAGCUUCAUCACUUAUGGUCUGCUUCACUUGUAUAUACUCAUGUGGCCACCGUGGUUCUUUCAAACUCUGUAGUUUUUCUUUUAUGCUUAUGCUUUAAGAACAUCCAUUUAUUCCGGUCACAGACUUUUAAUUUUCGAAUGAGUUUUUGUUUGCCGGAUCUUGUUCGGAUAACCCCCUUUCGGUCACCUGGAAAGUCUGAUUAAAGACUGGCAGCCAAUCCCUGCUUUCCCUUGCUAUCUUUUAACCGACAUGUAUGACAUUUUUGCAUUUAUGUUUAAACUUUUUGAAAGUCU